UUUCACGUCAUCCCAAAACCAAAGGAAUGGAACAUUCAUAUUCAUAUUCAUCAGCCACAGUUCCCUUAAGCUCUUGCGCCAGGGGCUGGGUUGAUCGAAUCAGCAACAUCUUCCGGAAAGAAAUUGCCGUUGACAUCGAUCAUCUCCCUCCCGUUUCUGUUUUUGAAGUCCCCAAAACGCUCAGCCUUAAAAAACCCGAAGCUUAUACUCCUCAGCUCAUAGCCAUGGGGCCGUACCAUCAUUUACGCCCCGAGCUCUAUCAGAUGGAGAGGUACAAGCUCGCUGCCAUCAAAGAGAUCUCAACCCCGGAGCAGAUUUCCAAUUUCCAACACAUCGUGAUCAACAGGUUGAAGGAGAUAGAUCCUUCUAUCCGGGCUUGUUACAAUAAGUUCAUGGACUAUGAUCAAGAUACGUUGGCGUGGAUCAUAGCAAUAGACGGUUGUUUCUUUCUCCACAUCUUGCAUUCUUAUCUUGUGCACGAUGAGACCACGGACAGGAGACUGUUCGGCAACACUAUUGUCACGAGAGAUAUCAUGAUGCUUGAGAAUCAACUCCCAUUUGUUCUGUUGAAAGAGAUUCGCAAGUCUCUUCAAGUCUCUCCUAAUUCCAAUGAUCAGGGGGUAGAAGGUCCUGCCGUGUCCGGAUGCUUAGUAAAUGGUCCCAUUCAAGUCGUGCCAACUUAUACAGAAUUCAGGAACUCAUCGACCUCUUCAUCCUCGUCCUUCUCGACUGAUAAUGAAGAUCCAGAAGUGGCUCACAAUAAUUUGGAAACACUCUUGGACUUGGUGGAGACCAUUGGUCCUAAGCAUACCCAGCGAUUUCUUAGCCCUGUUAAGUUUGUAUCGAGUAUUCCAUGGUCAACUAUUUCUGGGCUGUACAGAAAAGGCAACCUGGGUACUGGAGAGCAAAAUUCAGAACAUGAUGAAAUCGAAAUUCCGUCGGUAUCUCAUCUCUGGCGCUAUGCUAAAGUGCAAUGCAAACCCUUCAUUGGGAGCAUUCAAGAGAUCAAGUUCGUGGAAGAGGAAGCCGCUUUGUACCUUCCUGUAAUGAAUUUGAACGUGAGCUCAGAAGUGAUAAUGAGGAAUCUGGUGGCUUACGAGGCUGCUAUGUGUAAGUCAACCCUUAAAUUUGCUCGAUACGUCAACCUCAUGAAUGGGAUUAUAGACACUGCAGAAGACGUGAAGCUGCUGAAGCAAAAUGGGGUGAUCAAGGGGGCUCUCACGGAUGGGGAAAUUGCUGAUCAAUUCAACGGUAUGCAGAGAUGUUAUGCCGGCUCAGAUCACAAGUCUAACAUCGAGGUUGCCGUUGAGAAAGUUAACAAAUUCUACGGCAAGAAGCUUUUGGUCAGGACGGUUAGAGGGUUGAAGAAGAAUUUGUAUGCUUCAUGGAAAUGUCUGGCCCUGGUUUCCACUGGCGCGCUGCUGGUCGUGCUUGGCCUGCAGACCUUUUGCGAUUUCUAUGAAUGCAGCAAGCUCUGGAACUUCCACCAGGGAUCGUCAUGAUUAUCUCAAUCAGCACCAGGAAGCAAAAUGUCUGUUUUAAUUGAACAGAGAAGCAUAUGAUUCAUUUAUUUCUUCUUUUUUUCUUUAUUAAAUUAUUGUUUCUCAUGGAAGGUGCACUCGUAUCUAGAAUACCAAAAAAGGCCAAAAAAAUGUUAAGAAAGAUAUACCUGUUUGCUAA